AUGGCUGGUGUUGAUACCAGCGAGAUCCGCCAAUGGAGAUCGAUAGUUACACUCAUCGCCUUUGUGGUGGCUAAUAUCCUUGUUCUCUGGCCCUUUCGCAUCCCUGUAUACGUCCCCAAAUCUGUCGUGGACGUGACAUGGCGAUUCUUUGUACACCUUCGCAUCAUACCAGCGAGCACACAUCAUGCCAUCCUGCACGAUAAAGAGCGUUGCACAAAACACUUUGUGCGAUUUAAUUUUCCCGUCAAUUUUAUUACUGCGCCUUUAAUUGCCGAUUUGUUUCUAUUGGCCAUUUCUGCAAUUGGCCGGAAAGAAGUACACGAUGGCACUGUCGGCGCCAACCACAUCCACCCUCUCGACAUCAUGGCCUUCUUUAUUACUCUGGCUUAUAUUGCCAUUUCUAUUGAUGCAUCCGGUGUCAUUCGAUGGCUAGCUUUCAAGGUCCUGUCGUGGGGUGGCAAGGUCGGCCAUCGACUCUUCUUCUACCUCUACGCUUUCUUCUUUCUGCUAGGAAGUUUCAUCGGAAACGAUCCCAUUAUUCUUUCUGGAACGGCUUUCCUUGCCUACAUGACUCGAGUUUCGAAAAACAUCACCAGUCCGAGAGCUUGGAUCUUUACCCAGUUCGCCAUCGCCAAUAUUGCUUCUGCGAUUCUUGUCUCAUCCAACCCCACCAAUCUUGUCCUCGCUGGCGCAUUCAACAUCAAGUUUAUUGUCUACACCGCCAAUAUGAUUGUCCCGGUUGUUGUCACAGCCAUAGUCCUCUUCCCGUUCCUUCUUUACGUUGUAUUUGCCGAUGAAAAGCUCAUUCCCUCCGAGAUCGAGAUGCACACCCUCCCUCAAGCAGCGCGAGAAAAAGAACCAGUCAACCCAAACAUCCCCUACGUGCAGCACCAGGCCGAAGAAACCGCUGACUCUGGCGAGGGACGACAAGAAAUGUCUUUGUCACUGGCCUACAUCAUGAAUCCUUUCCUCGACCGCAAAGGCGCGGCAUUUGGUGCGCUAAUCAUGUCCGCUACUCUCAUCACCGUGUUGGCCAUCAAUGCCGCAAGCACAGGCACUGGUGAGUACCCCGUCUUCUGGGUGACUGUUCCCGCAGCCUUUGUCAUGUUUUGCUGGGAUAUGGGAUCCGGCUGGGUUCACCGGGAAAAGACGCGUCAGACAGCCGCCAAGUACAAGAAUGAGAUGGAAACCGCACGGGCAGAGAGAGCUCUUGAACGAUCGGUAGUUUCGCAGGAUGAGACGGAUCCCAAGUUGGAUGUCACGUCAGGUAUUUCUGAUACUGGCCAUGGCUCAGCUGCGAACGACGAGCAAACAGAAGGCAUCGCACUGAAGAAUCUACCAGACACCAACGAUCACACUAACUCACAAUUCGAAAUUCCGAAGCUGGUGGUAUCGAACACUGCAGGAAACAGCCCUAUCAUUAUAUCCGGAUCAGAGCCGCAAUCACCAGCGCAAAAGUCUAACUCUUCCCCAGGCGACGAGGACACUCUUCACGCUCAAAACAUGUCGGCGUUACCAUCUGCGCAGAUGGAUACAGAGAAACUCGAAGCUGGUAAUUUCCACCAAGUAUCAAAGCAACCAAUCGAUCGACCCAACUUGGUGUCAAAGUCACGAGAGGCAUACGAGUGGCUUCAACAGACCUUUCCAACCGUCAUGGCUGUCGCAGCUCAUCUUCCGUUCGCCUUGGUACCAUUUGCGUUUGCCAUGUUUGUCCUUGUCCAGGCGCUAGUAAGCACGGGCUGGGUUAACGUUUUUGCAUGGGGAUGGUAUCACUGGUCCAAGAGGACAGGUACUAUCGGAAGUAUCGGUGGAAUGGCUUUUCUCUCAGUUGUCUUGUCCAACUUCUCGGGUACCAACAUCGGAACCACGAUUCUUCUAUCACGUAUCAUCCAAGCCUGGAAAGAAAUAAACUGUGCAGUUGACACAAGUCUCAUUACUGAUCGAACAUACUGGGCUACGAUUUACACACGGCUUUUAGCGCAUCGCUGGCUGGUCUUCUUUGGAGGGACAUCCUCGCUCGAAAGCACAUUCAUGUAA